AUCCGACAUCAGUCAACGACGAGCGGGCUUAAAAUGAAAGUCUAAGAAUUAUUUGACGGACAUCAGACGGAGUUGUUGAACAAGUUGGUGAGAAACCCUAGAGGUCAGAUGAGCUCAAAAUUCAUCUAAAUCACCUAUCCAUGCUUCAGGAAUAUCAUGGCCAUGAUAAAAUGGGACGUACUCAUACCAAAGAAAACUGGUGACAAGAUUCCUGUGGCCUUUGUUCUGCUGGAGCUGAUAAUUGAGAUUUUCUUUGAGUUAUAUGUAGUAUUUCCAACCCUCUUUGAGCCAUUUUCCCAGAGUUACAACAUCCAUUUAUCAAUCGGCCUCUUCCUCUUCUUCAACUUCAUCGGCAACUUCUACCUGAGCAUUGCCACUGACUUGACAUCGGGACCAAAUAUCCUCCCGUCGGUUCUAAAACCGGACUGGACUUACUGCCCUACCUGCAUGAUCAACAGCCCCCCUCGGGCAUCCCACUGUUUCAUCUGCAACAUCUGUGUCCUGAAGCGUGACCACCACUGCCUGUACACCGGAAAAUGCGUAGGACACAACAACCAGCGCUACUUCAUGAUGAUGCUGGUGUACUUUGCGCUUGGCGCCCUCUACGCCAACUACCUGAACAUUGAGUUCACGUACGAGAUGCUCAACAGCCUCAAUUGGCGAGUGGUCGUUACGUUCUUCGCUCCCGUCAUUGGAUGGAUCUUUGGAUUCACGCAGUCUCUCUCCUUCCUAACUUGCCUCCAGUGUAGCACCUGUGUUAUUUGCCUCAUGUUAUCGUUGGGAAUGAUUUACUACCAUUUAGCGCUCAUCCUUCGAGGGCAGACCACCAGAGAAUGGCGGAAAGGGAUCCGUCGGUACAACCGAGGUUGGUGUCAGAACCUGCUGGACGUCUUCGGGACCAGGUGGUACCUGAUUUGGUUGUGGCCGUGGAUCUCAUCCCCACUGCCAGGGGAUGGCAUCCAUUUUGUGAAGAGAGAUAAGAAUUUGGAGAAUGUGAAAGAUAUAUGACAAACCUGACACAUGUUUUCAUUUCAUUCUACAGUGACAGAAGAUCUUUUUAAACUUUAAUUCACUUGCAAUGAUGUUUUUUGUAUUGAUUAAUUACCAUUUGUAUUUAUUACGUACAAAUCAUAUGAAAUUGCCUCAAUAUUCAUUGAUUUGUCAAAUUCCUACUAAUAAUAUCGUGAAAUUUCUGUCAACACUACUUAAAAUGUAUUAUGUCACGUUGCAGAUAUUUUCUGGAUUUCAAUUAUUUGUAAAUUAUUGAAGAUGUAAUAUCAGCAUCUAUGUACAAUUAACUUUGUGUGCAUUUAUAGAACUUGGCAAACUAUAUUGUGCUGCUUUUGCAUCCUCAUCUCAAAUGGGAAGGCAUAGAUUGCAGAGUUGUAGGCAGAGAGGUGUAAACCAGGAUCGGGAAAAUGUGAAACUGGUGGUUCAUGUAAAUACUGGUAAAUACCUUCUCAAUGUUAUGACAUUGAAAAGUUGGGAUUUUUUUAAAGCAAAGACCCGUAUGUAGUUAGAGACAAUCAUGGGUGUAUUAAUACAUGAUGCCAUACCAUUCAAGUUGGGGGAUGAAACAAUAGUUCACUUCCCCCCCCCCCCUUCCCCCUUGGUCAAUCAAUAGGUUCACUGCUUGAAUUUACACCAGUGGGACAAUGCUUGAUAUCUCGGCUAUUCACACUGCUAAAUUAUUAUUCAUUAUCAAUGUUAUCAUUUUUUGUUUUUGAUAUGAAGCCCUCACCUAAAUUCAGAGCCAUCUUUCGAAUAGGAUUCCCAUAUAAAACAGCAGACAAAACAAACAAGGAAACCGCCAUUCAUGAAAGACACUAGGCUAUGCUUUUGUAGGCAGGUUCAAAGGAACAAUAUAUCUUUCUUGGUGACAUUCCUUUGUAUUAUUUUGCCUGCAGAUACAUCUAGCUAUUAGAUUAGAAUAGAUUGGAUUUGAUUUGAUAGCAUUUAUUCCAUUCAUUAUAAAAAACAAAACGAGGCACAUACAAAGUUAACAUACAUUACAUGGGAAAAUUGUGAAUAAUGCAAUGAUAUCAUCUGAGAGAUGGGAAACAGAGAUGGGAAAUUCCAGCAUGAAAGAUGUGUCUCUGACUUUGAUUAGAUCUCUCAUUGUUAUCAUUAAGUAGUAUUAUUAUUAUUAUCAUCUUCCUAAUCAUUGUUUACAAUUGAAUUAUCAGUAUUUCAUAUUUGUUUGAAUAGUGACAUGUAAUUGUGCUUCGUUUUGGUUUCCAUAUAUACCUUGGACAUAAAACAGUAUUCUUGAUUUGCAGCUGGCUUAUUGAAUUUACACAGAAUUUAAUAUUUAGAAUGUACCAAUAUGUUCAGAUUUUGAUAAUUCAGUAGUGAUUAUACCACGAUAUUGGAAUGUAGACAUACAUGCAAUAUUCUUUUUUGCCUCGAUUCUGUGUGGUGUCUUAUAGAAGUACUCCUUCUCUUGGGGCGUCACGGCAUUUGCUCCUGCGACAUUUGGUCCAGUCUUAUUAUCUCAGAGGGCAUAGAGUUAGAGUUAGGAUUCUAAUACAUUUUUUGUUCAGAAAAUCCAGAUUUUAUUGUUUGAAAUAAAAAUCCUCUGAAUAUAAUUUGUUUUGCCCAAUUAAUUGUGGGCCCGGUAGCCACUGUGCAGCGCCAGAUCGAUGUUGCUAUUAAUUUGCCAUAACAUGCCUCCACUAUUAAAGUCAGAUGUACUGAAAGGUAAAUCAAAAUCUCCAACCUUUUGUGCAGAUGGUGUAAAGGAUCAAGUAUGAGGAGCACUAUUGUGUCUGCUAUACUUAUAUUCUCCCAUACAUAAUGUCAAUUAUUUAUAAGAGACUUGCCAAAGCUGUUGCAGUUGUACAAGAUAAGCAAUUAUACAAGUAUGCUGUUUGUGUAAAAAUUUAACAGAUUUCUGAUAUAUAUUGAUAAGUAUUGAAAAAAAUAAUCUAGAUUCUAGAUUGACGGAUGAUUAGUUUGGUACAUUAGGUAGACAGUUUGUACAUUAUGUAGGUACCCAGUUGGACAAAGAACAAAAAACAAAAUCUGUUAACCUAUUAGAUUCUUUGGUGCUGCACAUACGUUAGUUGAAAAUUAGAGGAGGAAAAAAAUGAUUCUAUACAGAAUAUAUGUAUAUGCAGGAAGAAUCCAAUUUCCACCAACUUAUUAGGAUGAAAUUUGUGAAAGUAGAUUUGUAAUGCCAUGGUGUGGAGAAGUUUGUAUGCAAUUAAACCCACCUUAUGCAAAAUGCAGGGUAAGUUCUUGUUUAGAAUAGAUGAUGGACUCUUGCUUACUACUUUACUGGCAGAUAAUAUGGUAUGUACUAAAAUAAAAGCAGACAUUUCACUUAAAUUUUAACAUUGUCAGAAUUUAAAUGCUAGUAUAUUUAUCGAUAUAUACCGUAUGUAAAGAGUUGGAGACCUACAUGUACAAAAUAAAUUAAGUCAAUAUGUUUACUGACCAUUUUGACAUGAGAAUCAUAAAGUGAAUCAUCGUUAUACAAAAGUGUUGAAUCAAAAUCACUUUUUACGCUACUUAGACAUCAUGAAAUAUAUGGAAAUUUCUCUGUAAAACAUUAGCAUGAACGGAACACAAAAUGUAAAUUGUAAGUAUUAUAGAAAAAUAUGCAAUAAGAAUUAGAUACAGAUUUCAUUCGACAUUAGCACAAUGGGAUGUGAGCCUAAUAUUUUUCUUUUUAUAUGUAUUGUUUGAUACAUUUAUGCAAUUGCCAUAAAAAUUAAUGAAGACAGUACGAUACCACUCACCGAACCUCUCCUUUGAUUUAUUGCAAUUUACUCUAAAAUAUAUAUCUCUCAAAGCCGUUUUACUUUUGUAUAGAUAGUCUUUAUAUAAAAGCAUUUGAUCCAAUAUUACUUUAUGCAAUGAACAUUGGUUGUGCUAUUUGUAGGUUAACCCAAUGAUUAUUUCAGUGUAAACAUACUGCAGGUGACCCUUCUAAGGUCAAAUCUGUUGGCACCCAGGAAAUCUGUUUGACCUAGGAGAAAUUUGACUUUCAAGAUGUAAAAUAGACACGUUUUGCUUAUUCUGUUCUGCAAUGAUGCUUCGAGUAAAGCGAUUGUUUGACUUCUGGAAGGUUGGCUUUUAUGCAGAGUUACGUUAUUACAGAAUAGAGUGGUCGGCCAUGGAAUAAUUGUCUUGCCUAAUGUUAAAUGUAUUUUUAAGCACAGUACUCAUGUUCAUGAAGUAUUCAUAGUUAUGAGAAGCACGUGGUUAUAUAUAUUCAAUGACCAUGCAUGAUAUUUAUUUAUGUCAAGCAUGUAUGCAAUUAAUUAUGGUCACCAGUUCCAAAAUAACUUAGUACAUUUUUACAACUAAAUCAAUUAUGUGCAAUGUAUUCUUGAGUGAUUUUUUUUUACUUGUAGGUAAACAUGUUUAAGAGAUCAUGUAGUAUGUAAAAUUAAUGUCAGUUGAUGCAUUAUUCAUGUACUGUACAUUCACGAGACUUCAAUGUCACAAUUGUUUUUUGUAAUGACCUUGAUUUUAUCAGAAAAUGGAAAUUGCUACUGUUAUUUAUCUUUAAUUUGCGAAAAUUAUACCACACAGCAAAAUAUCUAGCAUGCAUAUUGAUGUACGUGUACCCCCAGAUUUGUGGUAGGUUAGUUGCUAGUUAAAGUACAACUCUGUUUUAUAUUUGUAAAUUGAUUAAACAUUAAGAGAAAACAAAA